AGCAGGUUUCUGACUCUGAAUAUUGGUCAGCCUCACGCUAGCAGGACUCACUGGUGUACUUUCCAGGGGUGGGAGAGCCCCAGACAGUAUUUCCUGGAUGCUAGUGAGCAGCUGAGAGCUGAAGCUCCCUGGACACUCAAGGCUCUUGUGGUGACAGGCCUCCUGUAAAGGCGUGCAGGGAGUCUAGCUCUCUCUUCUGGACUUUGAGAUUUCAGACACAGAAGUUUGUCCAUGGCUCCUUAUCACAUCCGCAAAUACCGGGAGAGCGACCGCAAGUGGGUCGUGGGCUUGCUCUCUCGGGGGAUGGCAGAGCACGUCCCAGCCACCUUCCGGCAAUUGCUGAAGCUGCCUCGAACCCUCAUACUCUUACUUGGGGGGCCCCUCGCCCUACUCCUAGUCUCUGGCUCUUGGCUCUUGGCCCUCAUGUUCAGCCUCAGCCUCUUCCCUGCCCUGUGGUUCCUUGCCAGAAAACCCUGGAACAUGUUUGUAGACAUGACACUGCACACAGACAUGUCUGACAUCACCAAAUCCUACCUGAGUGAGCGAGGCUCCUGCUUCUGGGUGGCUGAGUCUGAAGAGAAGGUGGUGGGCAUGGUGGGAGCUCUGCCUGUUGACGAUCCCACCUUGAGGGAGAAGCGGUUGCAGCUGUUUCAUCUCUUUGUGGACACUGAGCACCGUCGUCAGGGUAUAGCAAAAGCCCUGGUCAGGACUGUCCUCCAGUUUGCCCGGGACCAGGGCUACAGUGAAGUUGUCCUGGAUACCAGCACCAUACAGCGCUCUGCCAUGGCCCUCUAUGAGAGCAUGGGCUUCCAGAGGACGGGCCAGUUCUUCUUCUGCAUUUGGGCCAGGCUAGUGGCUCUUCAUUCAGUUAGUUUCAUCUAUCACCUCCCUACUGCUCAGGCAGGGGGUCUGUGAUCUCUUUCUUUGUGUAUUGGUCAGAAUAUAAUCAAUUCGGCUGUAGCAGCAAGCAAUCCCCAACCUUUCACUGCAAUGACACAAUAAAAGCUUAUUGUCCAUUCACA